AUGGCCGCGAAGAUUCCAUUGCAUCCAUUCGAGGGCAUCCGAGAAGAGAUUGAAGCAGGAGCCACACCCAUCGACGAGCAGUCGAACAACCAAAAGCGUCUGACCUUCGACGCAAUCCGACAGCUUCACGAUGUCGACGCAAGAGCAGACUGGCAAGGCGAAGCCUUGGUCGAUCUCCAGCCAGGCUGGAUCCAAACCAUUGCCGUCGCUCUGGCACACGAGCCAACCUUCUGGGCCUUCUGUCUGGACACAGCAAUGGGCUUUUUCGCCGAGCCAAGAAUCAUCCUGGCUCCGGACUGGGUCGUUGGUCCCUACCUGAAGGGCUUAUACAAGUACUGCGACAGUUUCCAGGAGGGCUAUGACAAACACAUCAAGCCACAUGAGCACGACAUCUACCAAGCCGCUGCGUUCCGGAUUCGAGAGAUUCUCAGCCAUGCCGAAGACUACAUGGAAGAGGGUUCGGACCCAAUCACCUCGGCCAAGCCACUCUCCACGCUCAAUCAAGACAUCACUGCCAUCUGCCUUGUGAUCCGAUAUGAGAAAGACGAGAUCACAGACCGCAACAGACUCGCAAAGUCCCUGCAACCACUUGGGCCCAUGCUGUCAUCCCUGCCGAUGGCGAACAAGAUGCUGAAGUCGCUCGACACACCACAGAGCAGCGAGCGUGACACUCUCAGCCGUUUCGGAGCUGACUGUCUGGCGCAGCUGAAGACAGCCAUCAAGGUUGUGUCCCUCGCGGACAUGCAGCCUCUGAGCGCGUUGACACUCAAGCUCAGUCAAGAACGGGCAAGCGCCGCCGCGUUGAGGAACACUGCCUCAAACAUCGUCGACGAUCCUCCAGCUCAAUAUGAGUUUUUGAGAGACCAGUUCCAAGGUCUCGAGGCUCCAGUGACAUACCCAUGCUGGGCACCACCUGCUGUAGCCUUCGAGCUGAAGCCCAUGCCGACCUUCAUGCUCCCGGAGCAGCAAGGUUUCCGGAACGUCGCAAACGUCCAGAAGAAUCUGGAAGUUCCCCAUGAGGACAAGUCUGAAGCACUCCUCAAGAAGGUCGUCCGCCAAGCAUCGAGCUUCCGGAUGGCACGCCUGGUGUCUGACAAGGAGCUCGAUGAAGAGUUGCCUUCUUCCGAGCAGCUCGCUGCACGCUGCAGCGCUGCAUUCAAGAAGUCGGUGGCUACCAUGGACCUUGCCGUCUUCGAGAAGCUCUUCGAGAAUCUUGCAAGUCUGACAGAACGCGAGACGAGAGCGAUCGCGGAGAAGAGAGGUUCAUCUUGGGAGACCUACUCCACCAUGGCUUAUCGUGACAACUGGGUUCACGUGCGCCAGUUCUUCAAAGCCCUCGGCGAAUUCCUCGGCGACGGAGCGGAGAUGGAGCUUGACGACCUCGAGCGUGGCAUGGCGUUGAUCCUUACCGCUGUCGCUGGAGCUAUCGAAGAUCCUGUGCCGUUGCUCAUUUGCAUGGACCACGUUCUCCAGUCGCUCUGGGCAGUCUGCAAUGACUGGCGUGUCGAGAAGGAGCCCGAGAUAGCCGAUCUCGAGCAGAAGGAGGCUGAUCAGAAGCCGACACCAGCCUCUGAGGCGGCUACCAAGACUGCCAAGAAGUUGACUGGAGACGAGGAACCCACGACACCAGUUCCCAAAGGCAAAGGCAAGAAGGCAAAGGCUGAUCAGCAGACCGCUGCGGAAGAGCCGGCGGAGCCAACGCCUGCACAAAAGCUGAAGGAAGACGUCAUCCUUGUCAAGAACAUCUUCGAAGAACUUGCAGCUUUCGCCCAGGGAACCGUGAUCGAGGCUGCCGUCUUGAGGUUUCCAUACAAGCGUCUCUACGAGCAGAGCAAGCUCAGCGCACGCGGUACGAAAGUGGGUGGUGACCGACUGCUCGACUGGUACGGCAUGAUGUCCCUCUUCGAGCCGCGUUGCGCCAACCGUGACUGCCAGCGUCUUCUGGCCAACCCAAAGAACAUGAAAGAGAUUUUCCGUGUCCGCGAGGUCUUCUCGGUCGGCAAGAGAAGCGUGCGACAGUUCGUCUCGACCAACCGCGAUGAUUGUUAUCCAUGCUUCAUCAGCGCGGUGUCUUCUCGUGAUGCCACGCCGAUGCUUGUGGUCAUCCUCUUCUACCACUCUCAGCUCUUCCACCCAGUGGCGGACGGCUGCAAGCCAGCCGUGGCAAGCGUAGCCUUCCAGGUCUUCCAGUCUGAUUUUAACCAUGGCGGCUUCGGGGAAGGAAGUAAGAACAGCGUCGGCGAUAUCGAACCGCAUGGAGGUGUACCUCUUCGGAACAUUGUCGAGAUCAUAUUGAUGCUCGAUGUAAAGACGGUAUGA